ACGGACUCUCGUGUGAACUUCGCUAUACCAAAAAAAAAGGACAAACCUCUUCCCUACAUCCGAGGUUAGCAUUUAGCAUUUAGUUUGUUAAACCUCUUUGAACACAAACAUUUGGGGACUAUCAUUCCAUACGUCCAGCCGGUAGACAAAGCAAAGGGUGCCUUCAUCUUCUUCUCAUACCGCAUAGGACCGAAGGCAUACUUUUGGACGCUGCCAAGUAAAUCUUGAGCCGAGAUAUUUUGCCCUUCUUCGAACUCGUGUUAUAAUCUCUUAAUAACUUUUUGAAAGAUUACAAGGAAUUACUCACUGGUGAGCCAUUUGUUGGGAAAAAACUAACAUUUGUAGACAAUCUCGUUUUUCGGCUUGCCCUUUUUCAGCGAACAGGACACACGGAGCUAACGAACCGUUGGAUUAUCUUCCUCCACUUUCCCGCCACAGCUGCCUUUUCCCGCCCUCUCUGCUACCAACAGAUCACCUGACCGUCAUACAUCCGGGGAUUAACGUCAGGAAGAACGCAAUAUUAAAUAAACUCUUUCGGUUUGCAUUUUGUUCACGAUCACCUUAAUUCUUUCCAACUCUGUGGCAGAGAUAUGGUUCAUUUACGUCAUUGAUGCUCAUAGCAGGAAAGAACAAGCACACACAUAUGUUACAGUAGCAAGUGUAGAUGUGGGCGAAAUAUGCGGAAUUUUCUUUCUUAAUUUUGUUUCCUAAAACUUUGAAUGAAUAAUAGAAAGACGACUCUUUUCUUCGCAUAGGUUUAAAGUGUGAGUGAUAGCAGAUGAAGAUGGAAUCGAGCAUGAUGCAUCAGCUUAUUAUCAUCCUGAUAAUUUCAAGCACGAUUUUUCUAUCGAUUGCGACACCUAGCUUUGAGGUAUACCCAAUAGAUGCUGAGGUCGAAGAGGGCGGGCUUGCCAUGCUAAGUUGUACCGUGACGGAUCUUGGUGACGCAAGCCUGUACUGGCGUUAUCUAGACGAGGAUGGUUCUAUAGGAAUUUUGUCCGUGAACAGGAACACUGACAAGUAUGCCGGACUGCACGGUGAGCUUACCGAGAGGAUAUCCAUCAAAGGGGAUCCUAAUCAUGGAGAAUACAACCUCUUUAUUAAAAAUGUCCUCAUGUCAGACCAAAGGCAAUACUUUUGUUCUGCCAUUACACCCGAAUCUUACGUAUUUGAUUCGAAUAAGGCCAGUCUCAUAGUUCGACCGAGGAAUCGUCCAAUUCCACACGAGCCAGCUUGCUUGGCUGAAGCAAUUGCUCCUCCAGGAAUAUUUAACAUUGGUUCACUGUUUCGCUUCACAUGCGCCACGCCAUCAGGUUCUCCUCCGCAAACGCUAGCUUGGACCAUUAUUGAAGGGGGAAGGAGAACUCUACUCGUAGCCUGUCCUCAGUCUCCGUGCAUUCACAAUCGUCAGUUGUCCAUUGAGGACGUCAACAGAACGUUUGUAUGUGAAUUGGUCGACGGAUCUGUCCAUCCGAAUAGAGUGGAAUGCACGUACACGCCGUUGCAACGUCGGAUUGACGUAGUCAUAGAUCCUCCUUUGUUUCAGCACCCGCCACUGAUACGGCAAGGGUUCAUGUGCUUUCCAGUUGCGUACGACCCAAAUAACCUGUUAUUUGAAUGGUAUCUUAAUUCUGAGCUUAUCUUUAAUGGAACCGGCCAUUCGUUGCUAAAUCUGAUGAUCCACCGUGAAGACGAUGGUUCCACGUUGUCCUGCGUUGUGUCAACACUUGAUGGAUCCUUCCGGGGAAUUGGGAAGGUUGAUAUCGAACUGUUUGACCCUAGUGACGUAUUCCCUGACGCUGAGGGUUCCUCAUCCCCUUCUCUUGAUCACGUUACAACAAGACGAGCUAAGACUGAGACGUCUCCGAGUAGGUCUGGAUCUGUUAUAAAAUACACGACAACGUUACCAUCACCUACAGGACCAUUCCUGUCCAUCCAGCCUCUAGCAGAAAUCAGUGAUGGGGAUAAUUCCUCAAAGCAUCUCUCGAUAUUAGUUGUUGUAUCCGCCAUUGCAGGAGCCUUGGUGACUAUGCUCUCAUGUGCCAUCGGAUUAGUCGUGCUCCUUUUUAUUCGCAAGAGACGAAAGCAAAUCCUAACACUGCAGCAAAAUGAAGCUGCACAUGGUAAUGGUAACUGUGGACAAUUGGAAAUGAGUGUUGUAAAUACGAAGACUGCGGAGGGACGUGGCGCCGUUGAAAUCGGAGAUAACGCAGUGAACACGCAGCGACAAUCCAUGGGAUCUGAUACUGAAUGUACCCUUGAUAGGUUCUACGUCACACUGGAGCCCGAAGGUAACGAAGCUGCAGAGGAUAUUGAUUAUUCGAAGAAAGCAAGUAAGGGGAGUCCAGAUGCUGAAAAGUCACCAGCAUUUGGGCCACCUUGUACACCUAAUGAGUACGCAAGGCCCCAAACGAAACCAUUGGAAAUUUCAGAUCAGCUUCACCAAGGCAUGCUUAAUCAAGGAUUGUCUAGGAUCCAUGAGCGUACCAUGUCAGAAUCUUCAGCAAGUGCUUACGCCGUAACGGAUGUAGUGUCUCUUGAGGGUCGUUUCAUUUUCAAAGGCAUGUCUGGUCGCGACGAGGCCCAUAUGGGUGUCUGUCGUCUCCCGUCUGGAGAACGUUCGGCCACAAUGUCCAGAGCGCUUACCAGAAAUCAAACUGCUCCACCGCUUCCUGCACGAACACUUCCCCGAACAUUAUCAAUCCCAGAUCAACCUCCUAGCGAUGAUUCCUUCAGUCAACGUCGGCAAUCAGAUUCUGAAGCCAUAAAGGACAAAGCAAAAAGUAAAUCAAAGAAUUCUUUCGGGAAUCGUUGGCCCUGGUCGGUGAGAAACAAAAAAGAAUGUUCAAUCGAUUCGGAAGUUACUUCAGAAACACCAGAUGUUCCGUCGAGCGAAUGGGAAAGCCGACGAUUGUCAGUGGCGAGUGGUGGGAGUGGGGACUAUGCGGAGAUCAUCAGCGCCGAUAAGGUUACUGACUCUGCCCCAGGCAAAAGACACUCGAUAGCUUGCGAGAAAUUAGACAGCAUCCCAGAGCGGUCGGUCCCUGCAAAUGACUACCAAGACGUCGAAGCCUACGCCUCAUCAAUGGCUCUCCUGGAGAACCAGCCUAAGAUUGGCAAGGAGACCACGACCGAGUCCGGGUACGAUCGGUUAUCCAGACCUAAUCAAUUCCAAUCGCCGCCUCUCCAGCGUUCGUGCACCAUGCCGAUUUACGCCAAAGUAAAGAAAUCAAAAAGCCUCGAUCAUGAUGGAAGCGGGAAGACCAAAAAGGAAACCGGUCAAGGAGAUACACGCAGAAACAGAACAGACAAAUCUGAGUCAAAUCCGAAACUCCUGCGGAGCAUGUCAGAGGGAACAGCGCCCUCUGCUCGCAAGAAUAAGCCAAGAGUCAUUGGUGGUUACGACACCGUGGAGAUAACAGAAAAACUGGACCAUAUUUUGGUUCAAAUGAGAAAUGGAUUCUCUGGAGAAACAAUUGAUAUAUCUGAUGAAGAGAACAAAGAGCCAAGCACCAACAAAGGAACCCACUUUGCUGAUAUCGUUUAGACUAUACUUCUACCUAGGUCGUUGUAAUAUUUUGAAAUAGUGUAAUGCUAAUUCGCUUUGAACGCGAUCGUAUAGACUUUUGACAAAGUCAAGCUGAUACCAUCUCAGUAGCCUUGCCCAACACCUACUGAAAUACACAAGCAACGUAAUGAGGUAUUAGUUACGUAAUCCUAACAUGAUAUUCAACAGAGUAAUGACACUAACCUUGAUAACGUUUCUUGAAAGUAACUCGUGUUUUGGUGGAUUAACGUUACGAUUAAUUGUUCCUAGUAAUAUGUGUAUAUGUAUCAAUGUGUAUAUUUUUGUAUUUCAUCGGUUUUUGUUUAGUCACCCCUUCUCUCUCUGUCUCUCUCUCUCUCUUUUCUCCCUCUCUUUCCUUCCUUCCCUUUCUGUCUCUUCCUCUCUGUCUCAUAUAUCCUUCUCGCCUCUAACGUUUCAAAAUUAGUUUCUGUUUUUCCAUUGUCAAUUAUUCUACUCUUCUACCUUUCUUUCUUUCUUUCUUCCUGACUUCCUUUUGUUUUAAUUAUAUUUCUAUCGCUCUCUCGCUCUCCUUUUCUCCAUAUUUUCUCUCUUUUAACCCCCCCCCCCUUCUCUCUCUCUCUCUCUCUUCGUUGUAAAAGUAUCCUUACCUUUCCUCGCUCUCCCCUGCCCUUUAUGCACACCUUUACGCCAUAUAUCGCUCUAUGAAUAACUAACAAAGUAACAUGACGUAAUUAAUGGUCGAAUCUAAUAUUUCGCACAAUAGAAUACCGAAGUGUUGACGUCAUUAUUUGCUCGUCGUUCAAGUUACUGGUUCAAAACAACAGAGCCUGCGCAUUAGGACUUUAGCAUUGUAAUAAUAAUAAUAAUAUGUCUUGUUUACCCAGGGUAGCCUCAUCAGUAUUUAUACUGUUCUCCCUGAGGGCCCUGCAAUCAUAUUAUUACCCCGGUCAUCGGAUUCAGGCUUACCCGCACACAAUGUAUGAAAAAUUCAGUGUUUGCGGCUGGUGUACUCACA